CCCGUCCGUUACCAGAGUUACAUCUUUCUCGCAUAACCUAUACGUCGUGUAAACACCUGUUGCAGUGUCGCGCAUCAACGACAACGUCGUAAACGGACGGCCGUCAUUAUAAACUUAUAAACACAAGAUUAAUAUUGUAUCACAGUACACAUUUUAUACAGUGUUUGUAUAGAUAACGCUAUCUCGCGAAAUGCAACAAGACGACGGUAAGAAUUGUAAUGCUACAGCCGUUGGGGCCAACGGCCUACAGACGACCGGCGGAGAUCACAAACAGCAACCUUACGAUGAAGAGGUAGACAAACUGAUCGAAUGGUUGCGGAACAUGCCUCAUUUGCCAAACAUUAAUGACCGAGCAUGGUUGCGAAACUGUUUUAUUGGACGAAAACUCCGAAUAGAGAGGACAAAAGAAUCUUUGGAUGGAUAUUUUUGCUGCAGAGCGCUGAUCGACGAAUUUUUCGGCGUCCGUGAUCCGCUCGGAGAUGACGUCCAGACGGCGAUGCGAAAAACGUGGUUUGGGUUUUCCACCAAUUUGACGGACGACGGUUACCAGGUCAUAGUGACAAGAAAUAUCACUGACGAAGACGUUUCCGGCAGAUAUUUAGACCAGUGGACAAAAUACUUUUACAUGUGCAUCGACUGGAACUUGAAGCAGGAAUCGGUAAACGGUGUGAUCAUUAUUUACGACAUGGCCACGACGAACAAAAACGAAAUACUCACUCAAGUGACGCCGAAUUUUCUUAGAAAGUCCUUACAAUGUUCGACAUUUUUCCCGUACAAACUUAUACAAGUCCACUUCAUAAACGUACCAUCAUAUGCAGCCGUAGUGUUCAAUAUUUUAAAGUCUCUGGUUCCCAAAAAAAUUCAAUCUCGAAUAUUUAUGCACAAUAACCCAUCCGAUGUACUACAACAUAUCCAAAAAGAAUGCGUUCCAUCAGAUUUAGGAGGUUGUGAUAAAUCUAUCCGAGAACUGGGCGAAUUCUGCAAGGAGAACAUUAUAGCGGAAAGAGAAAUGUUCAUGAACGGAAUACUUUCAUUAAAAGCGGACAUGGACAAAAAACCGAAAGAUACAAACAGCAAUGAACAAUCGGAACUCUUCGGAUUUGACGGGAACUUCAAACAAUUGAAUAUCGAUUGAAAAGUUUAUUUUGUUUAAUCAUAAUGCUGGUAGAUGCUUAUUAAAAAGCAUAACAAAUACAUUUACAGUUCUUAAUAUUACAAUAAAAAUAGUUGGUGAAUACAUAAUACAAAUUUUAAUUUCAAUCAUAAUGUAAUACUGCAUAUUUUUAUAGUAUUGUGGUAAUUAUGUUUUUUUUUUUUUUAGUAACCAUUUUAAGUUUAUUUA